AUGGCGGCCGAAAGGUACCUGUGGUUAGCUACUGCUUUGCUUCGGCUGUGGCUGGGGGCUGGCGAUUUAUGUUACGCUCAGUCCACGCUGCUAUCCUUCCAAGACCUGCUGCCUGAUGACCCAAGACUGUAUGACAAGAUGAGACCCCCAAAGAAGGAUGACCAGCCAACCAUCGUGAACUUCCACGUCACUGUCAUGGGACUCGACUCGAUCGACGAGAAUUCCAUGACAUACGCUGCUGAUAUAUUUUUUGCCCAAACUUGGAAGGACUUUCGUCUAAGACUACCUGAAAACAUGACAACAGAAUAUAGGCUGUUAGAAGUGGACUGGCUGAAGCACAUGUGGCGGCCAGACUCCUUCUUUAAGAACGCGAAGUCUGUUACCUUCCAGACUAUGACCAUACCAAACCACUAUGUCUGGCUUUAUAAGGAUAAAAGCAUUUUGUACAUGGUGAAGCUGACGCUGAAGUUGUCCUGUGCUAUGAACUUCCUCAUCUACCCUCACGAUACUCAAGAAUGUAAACUGCAAAUGGAGAGCUUGUCCCAUACAACAGAUGACAUGAUAUUUCAAUGGGACCCCGAAGUACCGCUGGUGGUGGAUGAGAACAUAGAACUGCCCCAACUAGAGCUGGUGCAGAAUAGGACAGCUGAUUGCACGCAAGUCUACUCUACUGGUAACUUUACAUGCCUAGAAGUGAUCUUCAAACUGAAACGUCGCCUGGGUUACCACCUCUUCAACACCUAUAUACCAACUUGUCUCAUAGUUAUAAUGUCCUGGGUGUCUUUCUGGAUUAAGCCGGACGCUGCGCCAGCGCGUGUGACACUCGGUGUGACGUCAUUGCUUACACUUUCUACUCAGCACGGGAAAGUUCAGUCCCAGCUUCCGCCAGUUUCGUAUUUAAAAGCUGUUGAUGCUUUUAUGUCCGUAUGUACUGUUUUCGUGUUCAUGGCACUGAUGGAGUAUUGUCUGGUCAACAUCAUACUUGAUGACGGCGGGCGAAAACCAAAGGAACCAGCUGAAGCGGCCAAAGCGAAACUGCGUGCUAUCAACAUUGAUCGGUUUUCACGAGUUUUCUUCCCUCUUCUUUUCUCUGUAUUAAACGCAACAUACUGGAUCCAAUUCGCCCAAUACAUAUGA